AUGGUCGUGCUGCCCUGCCUGCAGGGCGUGUUUCGGGAUGCGUUGGGCAAAGAGUUCCUCGUCAACCUGGGGCCGAGGAUGGCGCUCAUUCGCGCUCGCGGGCACAGACACGUUGGCGGCGUGGAGGAAGAGUCCUUGAUAACCCGCGUCGAGAUCUACAACCGCCUGAUGAUGGACUUCCUGGUGAACCAGGUGUAUCUCGGAAUACUGCUCUUCACCAUGCAUUCGUUGUGCUUUCACGCGAGCUACAUCGAUCUGGUCACGAAUCUCUUCGCCGUGGCCUUUAUCACAACACUCGACGACGAGGCUGUUGACGUCACUGAGGUUGUAAUCAUCGGUGAUGGGGGCGACAAAUUUGGAGACGCGACAUUGUAG